AACCAGGACCACAGGGUCCAGGACUGAUUGGACCUCCGGGAGAUAGGGGUUCCCCUGGAUUCAAAGGUAGGCCUGGCAUCCCGGGUCUGUUCACACCGUCACCCAGAGGGGAUCCUGGUGAAGACGGUCUACCCGGCCGAGAUAGUAGACCUGGUCCUGAUGGUCGUCGAGGAAACCAGGGACCUAAAGGAGAGAUGGGAUCCAAGGGACGACAGGGUAUGAUUGGAGAACUAGGACAAAAGGGGGAACCUGCCAUUUACACAGAUGAGGCGAAGGGAGAAAAGGGUGAUCAAGGAGAGCUGGGUCCUCCCGGUCCAAGAUACGUUGUUAUGAUUCCUCCAGGCGAUUCGGUUGAAGGACAAAAAGGAGAGAAAGGAUACAAGGGAGAGCCUGGACGCCAAGGCAAUUAUGGAAUGAGGGGUGAAACGGGGAUGGUGGGUGAUAUUGGACUGCCCGGUGGCUUUGGAGAACAAGGAAUACGUGGCAUCGGCGGAGACAGGGGAAAUCCUGGUUUCUCCGGUAACCCUGGUACUGAAGGUGAUAGGGGAAUGAAAGGAGCAGACGGACCUCGAGGAAAUCAAGGAUACGAUGGCUAUAAGGGCCCCACAGGAGACUAUGGAGAGGAUGGUGAUCCAGGUCCCAUGCCUGAAGUGCCUGACGUUCCGAUAGCUGUUGGUCCUCCGGGGGAUCCAGGACCACCUGGUAACCCAGGACCUCGGGGCUUUCAAGGACUGGAUGGGAACUUUGGAGAUGAAGGGCAGCCUGGUUACCCUGGACCUAUGGGAGUUCCAGGGCCACGAGGCCAAGAAGGAGUUCCAGGAGCUGGACGAGAUGGGGAAAAGGGAGAACAAGGAGUACCAGGUAUCCCAGGUUUCCAGGGCGACGCCGGUGACCAGGGACCAGAUGGGAACCGAGGAGAGCCUGGCGAGAAGGGCCAAAUGGGAGAGUCUAUCCCUGGACUACCUGGUAUGGAUGGUGCUAGAGGACGGAAUGGUCUGAGGGGUGUCAAAGGAGCCCGGGGACCAUUCGGAAGGGCAGGACCCGCUGGACCAGCGAGGGCUGGUAAUCAGAGUUUUCAAGGAAUUCCAGGAGAUCCGGGCAAUCCAGGAUUGAAGGGGUACAAAGGUCUUAUAGGACCCCCAGGAAGGGAUGGCCGUCCAGGAGGGCAGGGUCAGCUUGGAGGUAUUUGCCCCUUCUGCCCCCCAGGGGUCAAAGGUUAUCCCGGAGACCAGGGCUAUCCUGGAGAUCCUGGUCCUCCAGGGCGGGAUGGGGCUCCCGGUGUGGAAGGACUCAAAGGAUACCCUGGUGAAGUUGGCUUCCCAGGCCUGGAUGGAAUCAACGGAAACCCUGGUCCAUUUGGUCUGACUGGAUUUGAUGGAGGUCCAGGACCUAAGGGUGAAACAGGCAGAAGAGGAGUUAGCACCAGAGGUCGUCAAGGAGAUAAGGGAGUUCGAGGACCGAAAGGUGCAACCGGAAUACCUGGCGUUAUGGGAGAUCAGAUCCGAACAGUGCCUGUGGGCGUUAAUCUGACUGGGCAACCAGGCGAUCAAGGUCCACAAGGUCCACAAGGCAGAGACGGUCUUCCAGGGCCGCAAGGGUACCAAGGAGAUCCUGGCUUUCCAACGACUGGUCCAAAAGGUGACAGGGGUAGGCCAGGAGACCCUGGACCACCUGGUGAAGAUGGACCAAAGGGAUACCCAGGACCUGAUGCAAUCCCCCCACUUGAGCCCGAUGGAUUUCAACCAGGACGGUAUGGAGACCCUGGACCUCGUGGACCAGAUGGCCCUCCAGGCCGGCAAGGUUUUGACGGAGAGCCAGGACCACCUGGACCCCCAGGAUUUGAGGGCUUCCCGGGUAACAAUGGAGAUCCUGGCCCAGUGGGACGUUCAACAUUUGGCCCUAAAGGAUUCCCUGGAAUACGGGGAGAGAAAGGAUUAGACGGACCCUUCGGACAGAUCGGAGACAUUGGCCCGCCAGGAGUACCCGGAGCCUACGGGCAGUAUGGUCCCAAGGGAGCUCCUGGAGAUGCAGGUCCUGAUGGGUUCCCUGGAACGUCGGGUCCCCAGGGUCUCCCGGGCCCCCCUGGGGUGGCGGGAAUAAAUGGAGAGAAAGGUCUACCAGGAUCACCAGGUAUGUCUGGUUUCCCUGGUUUUGAUGGGCAGCCUGGUGAACGAGGAGAUUACGGACCAGAUGGAAUCCCGGGAACUCGUGGUGAGAGGGGAGAAAACACCCAAGGUCCGAUUGGGUUCCCUGGUGGACCAGGUCCAGAUGGCAGGUCGGGUCGCAAAGGUCAGCCUGGGCCAGCAGGUGUAAAGGGAGAACUAGGUUUCACAGGAGGUUUUGGCCUUCGUGGAGAUAUAGGAGAGCCAGGAGCACCAGGGCUCCCGGGAAGGAAGGGAUUCAAUGCAUAUGAUGGCAGGCCUGGAAGACCAGGUCCUCCAGGACUCCAAGGUCCUCGUGGUGAGAUUGGAGAUGCAGGACCAAGCGGAGUGAAUGGGCCUCCCGGACCAUCAGGAAUCAUUGGAGUGAGAGGCCUACCUGGAGACGCUGGAGAUCUAGGACCAAGUGGAUUCCCAGGAUUUCAAGGAAGACCAGGACAGAAUGGAAUGUUUGGAGAUCGAGGACCGAGGGGAUUUCCCGGAGAACCCGGUGAUCCGGGUUUCCCAGGAUUCCAAGGAAUGCAAGGUGUCCCCGGAUUUGACGGAAACCCUGGACCAGAGGGGAACAUCGGAAACCCUGGUCCAAGUGGUCGAGUGGGAGAACCUGGUAAUCCUGGACUUGAGGGUUUUUCAGGAGGACCAGGUCUGCAAGGAGAAAUUGGAGAGAGGGGCCAGAUGGGUGGUAAUGGAUACCUAGGACCUCCUGGAUCUGACGGAGAUCCAGGACCUAGAGGAGACCUUGGAACACCAGGCUUACCUGGAAACCCUGGUCUUGUUGGACUUCCUGGCAGAGGAGGAGAAACUGGUGCAGAUGGCCCAGUAGGUCAACCCGGACCUCUCGGAAUCAAGGGCUACUCUGGAAACCCAGGACGUAAUGGUUUCUCAGGUCUUAUUGGACAGAAGGGAGAGAAGGGAGAUGAUGCAAUAGUUAUACCUCCAGAAGUGCUUAUCGGAGAAAAGGGAUUCAUAGGAGAGCCUGGAGCAAGUGGACUGAUAGGGCAAAUUGGAGAGCCUGGCCCGUCAGGAGAAAAAGGAUUUCCCGGUCGGAGAGGAUUGUCUGGUGCAGAUGGCACUCCGGGCCCAGAAGGAGAACCGGGAUUACCAGGGCUAGUUGGAUUCCGAGGAGUGCCAGGAGCAGAUGGACCAAAAGGAGGACCAGGCCUCAAGGGCGAACAAGGCGAAGCAGGGUUGAAAGGUUUCCCAGGUUACAAUGGUAUCACAGGUCAGAAGGGUAACGGAGGACGGAACGGCUUCCCGGGAUUCCCUGGUUCCCCAGGAAACGCAGGAGAGAAAGGAACUCCUGGUUCUCGUGGCUUGAAGGGAUAUCCUGGUCUGAAAGGAAACCAAGGAUUGCCCGCUCCAGAGGGAGGUACUGGAACACCAGGAACCUCAGGAAUACCAGGAGGGCCAGGAGAUAUAGGAAUACCUGGUAGGCCUGGGGGUCCAGGUCCUGUAGGUUUUGCAGGAUUGAAGGGAGAACCUGGUGAGACCGGUCCAAUGGGUCCCCGACCAAGAGAUCCUGUACCCGGUCCUCAAGGAAUGCAAGGAGUUCCAGGAAUACCGGGUUUAAGAGGUUACAAAGGAUUUGCUGGACCGUUUGGAGAUGCUGGUUCUAUUGGGUCUCAAGGAGAAAAGGGAAGACCAGGAAACUUUGGACUCAAAGGAGCCCCAGGACCUCCAGGUCAGCCAGGAUUCAACGGAGGUAAGGGAGACAGAGGAGAUCCUGGUAUAGCUGUCAAGGGCGUGAAAGGUGACCCAGGUGAUCCAGGCUUCGAAGGCUUCCCCGGAAGGAUGGGUCUACCCGGCAUCGAUGGGCCAGAAGGACCUCUUGGACCUAAAGGAAGGCCUGGUCCGUUUGGAGAUUUUGGCCCGUCUGGUCUACCAGGGCGCAACGGACAGCCUGGAGCACCCGGUUUCCCAGGAAACCCAGGAGAGAACGGUUAUGGAGGACGUCCUGGAACACCUGGUCCCAAGGGAAUGGAAGGAAACAUUGGUAUCGUGCCCCACCGAGGCCACUUCAUCACCCGUCACAGUCAAUCCAGGAAUGUACCCAACUGUCCCGCAGGCACCGUGGAGCUCUGGAGAGGUUUCAGUAUCCUGUUCUCCAUGGGUAAUGGACACUCUCACCAUCAAGAUCUAGGUGAUGCUGGUUCUUGCUUGCAACGCUUCAGCACCAUGCCCUUCCUCUUCUGCAACUUCAACAACGUCUGCAACUACGCCAACCGCAACGACCGCUCCUUCUGGCUCACGACCAACGAGCCCCUUCCCAUGAUGCCUGUAAUGAACCAGGCCAUCGACCCUUACAUCAGUCGGUGCACAGUGUGCGAGGCUCCUACUCAAUCCAUCGCGGUUCACAGUCAGUCGCAGGAGAUACCGCAAUGUCCUGGAGGCUGGAGGAGUCUCUGGACUGGGUACAGUUUCUCUAUGUACACAGCAGCUUCUGAAGGAGGUGGCCAAGGCCUUGAAUCGGUCGGCUCCUGCCUGGAAAACUUCCGCGCCACGCCUUUCAUCGAGUGCAAUGGCAGAGGUAACUGUCACUUCUUCUCAAACAAAUACAGCUUCUGGUUAACAGUGAUCGACGAGGAAGACCAGUUUGCCAUUCCCACGAAACGUACCAUCAAAUCGGGCCAGCUCCAGUCUGUCGUCGGCCGCUGCAGAGUGUGCCUCAAGAUCAACUAAAUUGGCCUCUUACUUCGAUACUCCAGUCAAAUAAUAAAGAACAACUCCUGGCAUACAGACUCACAAACAUUUAUUGAAGAUUAUACCAAGGACUAACAUCAGGGAAUUAGAACAUGUGAUGGUUUGGUGUUUUUUUUAAUUCAAAAGCGUAUUAUUUAAGUUUCGACUGAGGGCUAAUAUCUGGGGAAGACACUUUGUUGCAAACAAGUAAAAAAAAAAGGUUAAGGUCUGUCAAUCUAGAGACAAAUCAUCAAAAUUUGACCAAUUUGAUCAUCAGGGAAAGACUAUUCAAUUAAAACAAGUAUACAUCAAUGACUUUGAACUUUGUGUACUCAAAUGAAGGCGGUUAGGACCAGAGCUGUGGAUGUGUUUUGUCAGAAAUUCAGUUAGGUCUGAAAUUCUUGAGGUACGACGACAAGGUAAAGACAGAAGAUUUUGGUUUUGAAGGGAGCAUCAUGCAGUCACAAAAGGUGGGGACCGUUCCUCAGAUACCUCGUUGGGGUGUAGAGAUAUGAUGGAAGCUUUGUCAGUGAUGCUAGAACAUUCUCAUCAGACAAAGCUGUGGAAGUUUGAACCAUGAUUGACACACAAAAGAUGGACCUUCCAAAGCUUUUGUCUGGUUAGAACUGUCUGGCACCACUGAGUUUGAUGAUGUGUAAAAUAAGAAAGGUUGAUAAAUGACAACGUCUGCAUGGUUUAGUUACGCACUGUGUGACAUCAUGAAGCACCAUAGAAUCUCCAAAAAAGACAGCUGGAACCUCUGAUCUUGUGAAAGCUCACCCGUCCAAAAAGAAAGGCCACAUUGAAUCCGCAAUGUGGAAGGUGUGUCACACAGCCUAAGAUUGAUUGAAGAUUAUCAUAACUGUGGCAUUCUAUACUUAUCCUUUCUCGUUUUUCAUACCAAUCAUUCAAGGGAUGAAAGAGUUUUCAUAAAUCUGUAAAACGUAGGUUUUUCUCUACAAUUGCGAACAGUUCUGAAUGACAGUUUGGCCUGUGAAUGUAUAACCAUGAGAAGCCUGUCAGUAAAUGGAGAGAUUGAUAAGAGAAACAAUACAACCAGAGACAUGUAUGACCUGCCAUAAUUAUGAUCAUUUAAAGUCUUUAUGAACCUCACUUCAUACCAUCAGGGACAUGUUAAUGAUGUAAAUUGUGCCUUAUUUAUAACCUAAGAUGGUACUUUUUGUUUAAGCUUUUAAAGUGAACAUAACCAAUGCUUGUAAAGGUCAGAAUUGUAUGCUACGUGUGCUAUACAUUUAUUAUGUGACAGUAACAAUGGGAAACACUGAUGGAAUCUUUAGUUAAUGCUGUAUCGUUCUAUGAAUAUUUACAAUUUAGAUUAUUGUAACAUAAAGAUUUUACUAGUAUUAAGAAUCGAUUUGGAGAAGAUACUGCCAUGUUUUGAAAAUGGAAAUUUUAGGGUUUUAUUCAGGUUUUAAUCAAUAACAUGAACUUGUUAUACAAUUUAUCAAACAAUUGAUUGUCAACAUUGCAUAUCAUAAGUAUGGAAUAAUUUCAAUAUCAUACUUUUGAGAUAAUGCAACAAAAUUUACAUAUUGGUAUGUAAAUAAUUCUAGUCUCUCACAUUUCACUCUUCAACAGAAUUUCAGCUUGUAGAUAAGAUUCACUAUAUUAAAGCAUUUUUUAAAGCAUCAUUUGUAAUUUCUCAUGAACUCUCUUGGGUUUGUAAACUUAUAGUGUGUGCUUUUUAGCUUGCCAACAACUGUGAUAGAUUUAGGAGAAUUUGUUCUUGACAUAUAUCUUUGUUGUUUUUUAUUUUUGAAAAACCCUUCUGUUAUGCAAAUACUGACACUAAUGAAAGAUAAACAUUUGUGUGCUAGAUAGAAUGAAGGGAGUGCCGAUAGUGUAUUUAUUGAUAGACCCUUAUGUACAAACCGUAGGUACAGAUUUAACUUGUAAUAGGGAGAUCAUUCUUAUGGCAUCCUUUAUUAUGUCAUUAUAAGGUGGACUGGAAGAGCAAAGGAAUAAGGAAAUGUCCAAAUGAUUUUGCCAUAUUAACUAUUAUAAACUGGACGAUUGAAUUGUAACAACUAUGGAAUCAUGGGUAUAAAUUCAUUUAUCUUUAGAAAUCACGUUUUGUGCCAACAGCUUGUCAAAUUACAUGUAUUAAUAUGUUGAACUAUGCAAAGUUUUCACACAGGUGCUGCAAAUGAAGUGUGUAUUUUUUUUGUAGACGGCGACAAAUCUGGUGCUAACAAUAUUCAUGUGAUAUAUUCUGUAUAAACGUUAUCCUCACAGACUUUCAUUACAUUUUGUGAUUUUAAAGGCAAAGUUUGGAUGAAUUUUAACUCAAACCAAUGUAGAAUGCAUUUCAUAACAGUGUCUUGUCUUAUAGUGUGUUUUCUAGUUUGAGUAAAGAUGAGCUUUUAAUUCGUAUAUGGAUAGAGUGAGGGAACUUGUAUGAUAAUUCUUUGUAGCUUCAGUCAUAUCCAACUACAUGUAUUAUAUGAAUAUAUUUAUGAAUCAUUUACAAAAUUGUUGCUAUAGUUAGAAAAAAAUAACUUCCACAUACCCCAUUUUGAUAUGAUUAAAAGUCACUGUUCGAUGUGUGAUACUUGCUAUCUAAUUUUUUUUUCAGUACUUUCAUAUCUUUACCAACGCUCCCAAAACAUACAUUUAUACAAUGUUUAUUUAAUACAUGUAUGUAAACACAUAUUCUUGUGUGGUAGGCUAUAUAAAAGUGCCAGGAAUUCUAAUUGCUUUUGUUAUCUUUCAUUUGGUCAGGCAAUGAUUCAUGGGUAACGAUAUAAGUUAUUGCUGUUUUUUUUAAUUCCCAGUUUAAUAUAAUGUCAUUUAUUGCAUCGGAUACAAUUAAAAGUAAAUGACAAACCGAA